CCUCUAAGCGCUUAUUUAACCAAUCUGAAGGAGUUUCGAAAACUUUUAUGUAAACUGCAAUAAACUCCCAAAUCCAUGGAGCGGUUGAGGAGAUCAACCAAGAAACUCUCCGACGGUGUCUCAAGAAAAGUUUAUGUGUAAUGCCAAAAACAAAAGUCGCUUCUUAAUUACCAUGCUAAUGGCAAAGUGUGAAAAAGCUGGAAUUUGCCUGCAGACAAGCAAACGAGGAUGCGGAUUCACUGAUUGUUCGGACGGUCGAAUCCUUGGCCCCAACUCAUCAAACUGUUGCGAUUUUGGGGGAAGAUGUAGAUCUGCUGGCGAUAGUGAUGGGUCUCAACACUUCACCAAACGUCUAUCUGCUGAAGCCAGGAAAAGGGAAAGCGCCUCAGAUGCUGUACCAAUCACAGUCUGCAGUGAAACAAAAUAUUGCCAAGCACAUGAUGUUUCUGCACGCGAUGAGUAGAUGCGAUUCGACGUCAUAUUUAUAUAUCCAAGGCAAGACUAAAUUUUUGAACACUGUCUCUAAUUAUCCAGACCUUGAAGAGACCGUUGGAAAAUUCUGGGAAUUCUGGGAUCCGUUAGCCCAGCCAACGGCAAUUGCUGCUGCUGGAGAAAAAUUUUUGGUGGCCCUGUACGGGGCUAACCAUCUAACAACUUCCUUGAAUGCGCUGCGAUAGCAGUACGUGACAUCUGCCUUAAAG